AUGUUUUCCCAAACCACACUCCUGUUGGCCCUUGCCGCCAGUGCCACAGCUCACAUGAGGAUGGACCACCCCAAGCCAUACGGUUUCGACAGUCUCACGAGCUCACCAUUAGAGCCUGCCGACUUUCCAUGCAAGCAACGUCCCGGUGUAUACGACGUCACACAGAUGAACCAGUGGAACGCUGGAGAGACCCAAACAGUCUCUUUCCUUGGCUCUGCUGUUCACGGUGGUGGAUCAUGCCAGUUUUCCAUCACCACUGACCAACAGCCAUCCGAGUCUUCCCAAUGGAAAGUCAUCCACAGUGUUGUUGGUGGCUGCCCGUCAAACGCCACCGGCAACCUGCAGGAGAAUCCAGAUGGCACCCAGGCUGCUACUUUCCCUGUCACCAUGCCCGACAACAUUCCUGACGGUCAAUACACUUUUGCAUGGACCGGGCUCAACAAGGUCGGCAACCGCGAGUUCUACAUGAACUGUGCGCCCAUUCAGGUUGGAAGUGGCACCGGAAAGGCAUCUACCGCAAGCGCUUCUGAGGCCCUUUCGUCUCUACCUGAUAUGUUUGUCGCCAAUCUGCCUGCCACUUCUUGCACUACCUCAGAGAAUGAAGACUUCAACUACCCCAACCCUGGUCAAAGCAUUGCGGAAGGCAACGGUGCUUCAUUGGGAGACACCCUCACUGGUGCUGGCUGCGCGACCAUGACCAAGAUGGGCGCUGGCAACGGUCAAAUUGGAUCGCCUACUAAGCCUGAUGCUUCGCAACCCGCAGCCAGCGAAGCCCCUGCUGCCACCUCUGGUUACGCCGCACCGCCUGCAUCUAGCGAGGCCCCUGCUGCUACUUCUGGAUACGCUGCUCUGCCCUCUAACGGUGGUGGUGUCUUCGCUCCUGGUGCUUCUUCCGCCCCCGCUGCUGAGCCCACUGCUCCUGUUGCUGCCCCUACUCCUACCUACGGCGCCGAGCAGCCGAGCAGCGUUCCCGAACAGCCAGCCUCUAGCGCAGCCCCUCAAGUCCCUGACAACAGCACUCCUAGCGCCCCCGCCAGCGGCAGUGACUGCACUCCUUGUGACAACGAUGGCGCUGUUGUCUGCAUGGGCGAGAACCAAUUCGGUCUUUGCAACCGCGGAUGUGCUGUGCCUCAAGCUCUUGCCAACGGUAUGUCUUGCUCUGCCGGAGCUGUCGUUGCCACCGCUUCCCUCAAGCGAUCACCCAAGUUCCCUCGCGCCCACCUCCACCGCCGCCACGGCUCGUCUCUCUUCAUCUAA